UCAUACUUUAUGUGGACAUCUCAUUGCUCCAAAUCUUCAUAAAUGUAAACACUUCCACUCCCCACCAAACUAACCAAAGCUCCCACAAAAAAAAAAAAAAAAAAAAAAGUCCUUUCUCCCUUUUGUCUUCUCUUCAAACUCCAAAACCCUUCCACACAAAGCUUCCAUAGCCUUCAACCAUGGAUGAUUUGCUUUGGAAUGGCUCAUGGAGUAUUGAAGAAGACAGAAAUUGUGAAGAAAGCUUAUUCGUCUCCAACGACCCGAGUCGAUGCUCGAGUCCGCCGUUACAAGAGCUUCAAACAGUGGCAAGAAUAUUGGGGUUGUCGGAGAUCAAUACUCCGGCGCCGGAGAUGAAGGUAGAGAAAUUGGCUAAGGAUUCCAAGGUUUUAUUUGAACGUGAAAAGUCGUGGCCGGUGGGAGCUAGCUCCGGUGGAGUUUUGUUCGAUGAGGUUGAAAAUGACAAAGGAAGUGCACCACAAGGUGGGUUUUUGGACAUUUUUGAGAACCAAAAACCAAAACAACAAAACUCCAUAAUAGAAAAACAACCAAGCUCAGCCAACUCUAUAAAUCCAUCUCUAUCUCCAUCUCCAUCAUCUUCGAACAACGACGAGGUUGAGCGGCCCGUUGAUCGAGAUCAGCUCGUGUCACAAAUGAAGGAAUGUAUAUACUAUGCAGCAGUGUUUAGGCCGGUGAACUUGGGGUCCGAGACUGUGGAGAAGAAGAGGAGGAGAAACGUGAAAAUGUCGAAGGAGCCUCAAACAAUUGCAGCGAGAAUACGAAGGGAGAAGAUAAGCGAAAAAAUUAGGGUUUUGCAGAGUUUAGUUCCUGGUGGGAACAAAAUGGACAUUGCCUCCAUGCUUGAUGAGGCAGCAAGCUAUCUCAAGUUCCUUAGAGCACAAAUCAAAGCACUAGAAGGCUUAAGCUACAAACUUGGCUCUAUUGAUUGUCUCUCAACUUCCACCUCUUUCAACCCUAAUUUUCCUCUCUAAAACCUUUAUCAAUAAAAUAUUGAAUUUGUUAAUUGUUAAGAAUAA